AUGGAGCCUUCUUCCAAGAAACGUCGACUCGCCCCGAAACUCGCGGAAAAACCUCUCCACGAACAGGCUCAACAGGUCGAAUACGACUACACAUCCCUCCCGCCCGUCCAGAACGCACCUCCUCCCGAGCGCACCGACUUCGAGUCCUUUGCGCGCCAUCUGCAAGAUGCGGCCGUCUUGAUCUAUUCUCAGGCCAAUCGAUCACCAUAUGCAAGUGUCUCGGUCUUGCUCCUCAGAUGGGAGGACGACAACAGUGUUGAACAUGAUCUGCUGCAACUGCAGAAGUUGUUCCGCGAGCGCUUCAACUUCCGCACCGAGUCUUGGAGUAUACCCAGUUGCCCAAACCCCAGCAUGAAACUCACAAUGCAGAUGGCUCAACACCUCGAGUACUCCAGACCUGACCAUCUCUGGAUCGUGUAUUAUGUGGGCUAUGGCUUUGUAGGUUCUGACCAUAAUCUGUACUGGGCCUGCAAUUCUCGCGAGGACUCCUCCAAACUCAAGUGGGAAGGCGUCAGAUGCCUCUUGGAGGACUGCCAAUCGGAUAUACUUCUUCUACUUGAUACCUGCGCCGUUGCUGAUGCCGCCACCACCGGAACCAAUGGCAUUAAGCAAACCAUUGCCGCGUACAGCCCUGACCAGGCCAAUAAAGAGCCAGGACUUCGGUCCUUCACGUUCAAUCUCAUCGAGGCUCUGACGAGACUUGGUAGUGGCCGCCCCUUCACCGUCCAGCGUCUCCACGAAGAGAUCAUAUCCAUGCAACACAACAAGUUCCUCCAGCCUUCAGGCCUGGCUAGCGGUGCAGGUAGACCUGCUCCAGGUCGAGAGAGAAUGCCCGUUGUUUUCUCAUUGACCCCGGGCUCAAUGCAAAACAUUACUCUUUCGCCUAUUACCCAGCAGCCCCAACUUGCUGCUUCUCACAUUGCCUCACCCGUACACUCUCCUGAGUAUGACCACCAGGCAGCCGCGACCAGUCUCCACAACGAACAGCAGCUCCUGAAAAUCAGUGUGAACGCCGAUCUCGUGUUCGACGAGAUGAGAGCUCUGGUCUGCACCACGUUCUUGGGCGAGCCGAGUCAAGAUAUGGCUUCGUUCAAGCAGUGGCUUGUCGAUUCCCCUCAAGCGGCUGCCAAGAUCUCUGUGGAAGGCAUGUUCCACGGCCCGCCAACAGUCCUCCUGGUUUCCAUGCCAAUUUCUGUUUGGAAUGUAGUUGCUGCAGACCGCACCUGUGCCUUCUUGGGGUACGUCAACUCGCAUAACAUGACUACUGAGUAUCAACGCCUAGUCGGUGGGUUUUCGCCUAUGACUAAACAAGCCACGUUCAAAGAGCUUGAAGAUGGCAAAAUCCUCCUCGAGGCUCGUCAGGCUGCGGCUUCGACUCCGGUGAUGAUUCGACAUGAACCUCGGUCAGACUCUAUGCAGCAAGACCUUCUACAUCAAAGCAUGGCACAAGAUAGUCUGCUGAUGGGAACGCCGAACCUGAUUCCUCAGGCUGUCUACCAGCACAUCGAGCAGCCAAGUAUACCUGAUCACAAGGAUGAAGUCGAAGACUCUGUCGAAAUGCACGAGGCUGCGGAACAACUGAAGGCGCUCAGCCAUGUUCGACACCUUAGCCAUGAGCAUGCCAACAGCGAACGCACGCACUCCCAUAUCCCUUCAGAAGAUUCUCCUGGCAUGCGAAGCGGUCGAGAAGAUUCAGCAUCAUCACAGGAUCAGAAUGAAUCUAGCGCGGAAGACCAACUGUACAACGCCGAAUACAACUCCGCGAGACCGAAGCCUAGGAGAUCCAUGCAGAAGCAAGGCCCAAAGCAAGAUACACGCUGUGCCUUAUGUAGUCAUGCUCCUUUCAAAGACUCGUCCUCGCUUCGGAAGCAUAUUGCCGCUGCACAUACCCGCCCCUUUCCCUGCGCCUUCUCCUUCGCAGGCUGCACCAGCACCUUCGGAUCAAAGAACGAAUGGAAACGGCACAUAGCCUCCCAGCACCUCUGCCUCACUUACUACCGCUGUUCCUCUUGCCCUCAAAGCACGGUUGAGGGUAAAGGUAACGAGUUUAAUCGCAAGGAUCUAUUUACCCAACAUCUUCGACGCAUGCAUGCUCCCUUCGCUAUCAAGAAAGCCAUUGCCAAAGGCGAUAGCAAGUUACAACUGGAGUGGGAGACUCAUGUCAAGGAUAUGCAAUCCAGCUGCCUUGUCACUCGACGACAACCCCCCCAAAGAUCAGCCUGCCCCAAGCCUGAUUGCUCCAAUGUUUUUGAGGGUACAGGCAGCUGGGACGAUUGGACCGAGCAUGUUGGUAGGCAUAUGGAGAAAGGUGAGGCAGGUCGACUUGGCGUUGACAAGCUCCUUGCUAGAUGGGCCCUCGAACAGGGCAUCAUUGAGCGCAAAGAAGAUGGCGAGUACAGAUUAGUAGGUACAGAGCGAGAAGGCGGCGCCGGUGCUGGUUACUACAGUGACGGUCAGGGUGGUAUGGGACCCAAGCGAGAAAUUGGUGACGGCGGAAACGGAGAGGGGGAGAGCAUGCUGAUGAAUGGCUGA